UAUCUGGGACUUCAUAUCUGGCUCACGCCGUUCAAUUUCCAGUAUCAAACCAUAGUCUCACGUGAGGAUCCUAUCAAUUUGAGAGCUUGUGUAUCUGUUUUGGAGCAAGAGCCACUGCAUCUUCGGUUCUUUGUGGCGCAGCGAUCGCGUGUUGCUGUUGUUGCCGCUUUUUCAGAGCUUCUAUUCUGCAACCAUGUUGGGAGGAAAGAAGGAGGUCGAUGUCCAGGACACCAACAGCUUGGAGAUUGAUGAGUUGGCAAAUUUCGCCGUUUCUGAGCACAACAACCGCCAGAAUAGCUUGGAGAAGAUGAAUUUAUCUAAGGUGAUCUCCUGCCACAAGCAGGUGGUGUCGGGCCUCAUGUAUCACUUUGUGCUUGAGGUAGAACAGGGCAGCCAGCCCAAGCAAUACGAGGCGAAGGUGUGGGUGAAGCCCGGGGGUGCCUCUAAGAAGUUGGAGGAGUUCAAGCCUAAAGACGCUUAAGAAUGAGUCUGCGCACUUCGAUUGGGCUCUCCCUGAAGAUUGGCUGGGGCUUCAGACUCGAACACUUCAAGUUGAAGCAAGUCCAUUCUGCGGCGACAAUAAUCCCCCUGAGACCCCUCUCUGCUGCACGGGGAGCACUUCGUAGUUGAACAGUUUGUAGUUGUGUAUGUCUUUCUUGCAAGACCAGGAAGAACUGCUACAGUAGUACAUACUUUGUAAAGGCCUUGUUUUAAUCCUGGAAAAACUCCAUAAUUAUCUCGGAAUAGACGGCAUGGUUUUUUUUAUCUUUA